AAGGCAUGAGAUGAACACCUUGAGCCUUCCCCUCAACAUCCGGCGUGGGGGAUCCGACACCAACCUCAACUUUGAUGUCCCUGAUGGCAUCCUGGAUUUUCACAAGGUGAAGCUCACGGCCGACAGCUUGAGACAGAAGAUUCUCAAGGUGACCGAACAGAUCAGGAUCGAGCAGACAUCCCGCGACGGGAACGUGGCCGAAUACCUCAAGCUUGUGAGCAGUGCGGAUAAGCAGCAAGCUGGACGCAUCAAGCAGGUGUUUGAGAAGAAGAAUCAGAAGUCGGCCCAUUCCAUCGCCCAACUCCAGAAGAAACUGGAGCAGUACCAUCGGAAGCUCAGGGAGAUUGAACAGAACGGCACCUCACGCACCAACAAGGAAGUCAAGGACAACCUGAAAGAUGGCCACGGUAAAUCUCGGCCAGCCGGCCAAGGGAUGGAAGGUGGGAAGUCAGGCGUGCCGGGGGUGUCCCUGACGCCGCCUGUGUUUGUUUUCAACAAGUCCAGAGAGUUUGCCAAUCUGAUCCGGAACAAGUUUGGCAGUGCAGACAACAUUGCCCAUUUAAAGAGCUCCUUGGAAGAGUUCAGGCCAGAGGCCAGCUCUAGAGCCUACGGGGGGAGCGCCACCAUCGUGACCAAGCCGAAAUAUGGUAGUGACGAUGAGUGUUCCAGCGGCACGUCGGGCUCUGCGGAUAGUAAUGGCAACCAGUCCUUUGGGACUGGUGGUACAAACACUCUGAGCAGCCAAGGGAAGCUGGCCAUGAUCUUGGAGGAGCUACGGGAGAUUAAGGAGACCCAGACUCAACUGGCAGAGGAUAUUGAAUCUCUAAAGGGGCAGUUCAAACGGGAAUACAGCUUUAUUUCUCAGACCUUGCAAGAGGAACGAUACAGGUAUGAGAGGCUAGAAGAUCAGCUCCAUGACCUGACGGAUCUUCACCAGCAUGAGACCACCAACCUGAAGCAAGAACUUGCCAGCAUAGAAGAGAAGGUGGCCUACCAGGCCUAUGAAAGGUCUCAAGAUGUUCAGGAAGCCUUGGAGUCCUGCCAGACCCGCAUCUCCAAGCUCGAGCUUCAUCAGCAAGAGCAGCAAGCCCUCCAGACCGACACUGUGAAUGCCAAAGUCCUCCUGGGCAAGUGCAUCAACGUGAUCCUGGCCUUCAUGACGGUCAUCCUAGUGUGUGUCUCCACCAUCGCCAAGUUCGUGGCCCCCAUGAUGAAGAGCCGUUUUCACAUCCUCGGCACCUUUUUUGCGGUCACGCUUCUCGCAAUAUUUUGUAAAAACUGGGAUCACAUUCUGUGUGCUAUCGAGAGAAUAAUAAUACCGAGAUGAAUCUAUUUGUUCUGGCUUCGCCUUCUUUCGAGAGGAAACCUUUUCCACAUAUACUAACUACCAAAUUUUUCAAAGGAGCUGUUGUGCACACUGGAUGACAGCUUCAAGGGGACUCAAGCUGUAACUUGUAAAUAAUUGCAAUUCCCUAACCUGAUAGCAGUUGCCUACUUAAUCCCUGUCCAUAGUUAGCCUGUCUCUUGUCAGAUUCUCCCCUCACUACUUGCUGCCUUAAUUGGAACAGAUUUCCACUCUGCAAAACCAGCACAGCGUAAGAAGGGAGUGUCGGAUCGUUUUAUUUUAUGUUUUUAAUUUAACUUUUUUGUUUUUAUUUAAGUUUUUGGGGCUGGGUCAGGAAGAUUUGGUGCAUGGGAAAUGUCAGGAGGGUGAAAGUGAAUUUCAAAAUCUGCCUUUUGAGAUUGAGUGUGUCAGAAAACCCUUUUCUCCAUUGAUCUGCCUCCCUGAAAAAUGGGAGGGUUUGACCCUGGUGAUAGAGAUGAGCACAGGGGCUAGAAACAUCAGAAGUUUCUUUUCUACAGAAGUACCCAACCUACUUAGCUAGUCCACAGUUAGGGCUCCCAUGUCCAUAAUAAUUGUCAUGGGGACAUUGAAAAGGGUUCUAACACACUAGUAGCCCAACGUUAUGGUUUUAAUGGGGGUCUAACUGUCCUUGAAAUUGCAAAAUAGUAGGAUUUAUGAAUGGAUUUAAUCAUUCCACUUGACUUUAUCUUAACUGACUAGUGACUUAGUUUUGCUCUAGAAUGUGCCAAAUAAUUCCACAUGGCUCAUAUGAUUAUCAGUUGGUCUGGAAGUCAUUUGUAUUUUGUAUUGGGUCCUUUGAGGACUACCGUGGCCUGUUACUAUGUGACAUCCAGCCUUUAGGGAAGAUGUGGUUCUCUUCCUGUUUUUCUCUGUAGAAAAUCUCAAAGUAUAUGCAAACAUAGGAAUGAUGUUAUGUUGUUAUAGGAAGCAAGAGAGACACACUUGAUUCAACAUAAUUUCUUGGUCAACUAUAAAGAGAGUAUGAUGUCAUGUCUGGCAGGUAAUUGAACUGAAGUGGAUAAUGAAAUCACCCACCACACCAAUAAGGUCCUCUCAGGAAGGUGGGAGAUUAGAGAAAGAAUAACUUAGGAGAACAUUAGAGCUAGAGAUGCCAUCUGUCUCUUGUGGUCUUAUGGAAAAUGGCAUUGAACUUAAAGCAUUCUAAAAAGUUCCAACUUGUGUGAAAUUUUUUAGCCUCUGAGAGUAAGGAGGAAAAAAUGCUUUCUUUGACAUAGAGGUUUUCUAAUGUUUAAAAAGCAAAAGGAAGAAAAUGGAAAGGCUGUGUAAGUAGAAAUUUUCUACUUGGCUCUAUGUCAUUCAAAGGUGUGCAGAAAUGUGUAUAUGUGUGUUAAUUUUUAAUAUGAAGAACGGUUGAAACAUCAAGUGCAUUUUUUUUUUGUCUUCAGGAAGUACUACUUUUAAUGACCUGGACUCGAACAAGUGCAAUAUUUUUCAAACAGCUGCUCUUAAGGAAAUCUCUCAUUUAAUGUGAUUGUGUGAACUGUGGUUUCAGGGAAUGGGGGUGAGGUAAGCCUUUUGAGGGAAAAAAAAAUAGGUCUGACUGCAAUUUUGUGUCAUGCAGGCUUAAAGAAGACUAUUCAACUGAGUCUCUUGUUUGUUGGGUUUCUUUGAACCAGGCUCUAGGGAAGGGCUGAGAUCCUUUCCUAGUGUUUGUUAGAACUUCUGUCUUGUCCUGAGGUGUCUAGGUGAUAAAUGACUUACCAAGCCAGAGUUAAAUGGAAGAGUCUUGAGUUCUUGGGGAGGAGAACAUAGGUGAGUUUCAGUUUCCUUCCCAUGUCUGUAUUUAAGGAUCAGUAUUCACCUGCACCCAUGAACAGGGAUAAAUCAAUUGUAGUAUUUAUGUCAUUCAUUGAUAUCACACACAGGAUCCUGAGAGAGGAAGGCCCUGAAAAAUACUCAUGGAGAGGAGGUGGGGGUGUCUUCGUUCUGUAACGAUUUGUGUUGCUGUUUCUUUUCAUUUGGAAAGAAUGAGUAAAAACCUGUUUUUGUCCUAUGGGGAUUAACGUUUGUUCCCCUGUUUAUUGCUUGUUCAUGUAAUCAAGCUGCUUGGUUCUCUUUUCAUUGCUAAGAUUCUUUUGAUGAGUGAAUCUUCUCACUCUAGUAUGAAUCAGUAAACAUUUGGAAUGGAAUAAAUGAAGCUUCAUUGGGAUGCUGUUUGGUCAUGUUCCAAUUUCUGGGACUAGGGAGUGAAGCCAACUCAAGAGGGAUGACACCCUGAAACGUCUGUUAUUGACAAUCUCCUGAAACAUAUAAUGGGUGAUAUCCUAAAACAAUACUUUAAUGGUGAAUGCUGAUUUAAAUUUAUAUACUCAGCUCCCAGAUAACUGGAACACUUUGUUUUAAUGACUUCACCAGUGGGGCCACGUUUGUUCUGAAACCUUAUUGAAAUUUUAUGAACCAGUAGCUGAUGGUACACUUUGUAGGGGCAAAGUGAACCUUUCAUCUGCUCCCUAUGACUUGCUCUGUUAGUAAAAGAAUGAUAAUACAAUAAGACUUUUUUCUUGGCACCCUAUUAUGUCCCCAUUAAAUGGGGAGAAUCGUGGUGUGCUGUAGAUUGAAAACAUUAGUGAGAAUAGAUGAGCCCUUCUGAUUUAAUAUCUAAUUUUUUCUUAGUAGAAACAUAGGACACAAUCCUAUCAGGAAAAUAUAUGCAUUUGAAGUGACUAUACAUUUUAAACACUGAGGAAUUUCAACAUUGAGGAAUUUUCUCAGAUUUACACAUAGGCCAACUAACCUUUUAGCCCCCAUUGUCUCCUGCCAUCCACAUGGAUAAAAAAGAUAGGAUUUUUAAAAGUCUUAAGCAUAGGAAAGCCAAUUUUUGUGUUGCCCAACUCAAUGACCACUGGGUUCCCACAGGAUGUUGAGCACUGGACACCUUUGGGGAUUGAGGAAGUUUUUUGUAUUUGGUGGGCUCUCCCAAUUUUUUGAUCAUUGAAUAUACUUCCCCACAGGUUGCCUUUAAAAGGGUUCUUAAUUCAAGUUGAGCCAGUAACCAAAGCACUAUGUUGCCAACUUGGAGUUCUGUUAUUUUUAAGACUCCGUCCCAUGUUGUAUAUUGCCAUCAAUGAGAUGUUAGAUUAAGCUUAGCUUAAAGACCAAGACUUCUGUACUUCUCAUUUUGGGUCAUACUUCCACUUCUUAGAUUUCUCCUGACUUCCCUGAGGCUGGUUAUAGUCCUGCCCACACUGCCCCUCUCUAACCUGUCCAUGUAUACAACUCAUUCCUCCAGUACCAGGGCUUCUAUUGAUUGUCUCUACAAGUUCAAUAGUAUUGACUAGGACUGGCUUCCCUCUGGCCAUCAAUUACCUCUCUGUCCUUUGGGGUUGUUUCUGAAACACUCAAUUCCUAGCACAGGAUGGAAACAUUUUGGUAGUAUGCCUAAAAAACCCAACAAUACCAUUCUCUUGCUUUGGAAACUUUUAAGAAACACAGUUGUGCAUGCAUGUAUGAUAUAUAGGUGGUCACUGACUUGAAAUGAAUGAUGUAAGUGAAAUGGUCUUCCGGGAACCUGCCUGGAAGGAGGCUAUGGGGAACCGUGUUGCUAUACCUUACCAUUUCCUUCCCCAUGCUUCUUGGUUCUAAUCCUAAGCUCAGCCCCAUUACCCUCCCUUUUCACCUCAGGCCAAGGGAGGGUUGGAGGUGAAAGUUACCACCAUGGGUAAGGGGCAGUGUUCUGAGACCACCAAGCCCCCAGUAAAGUGACCCUCUAGCCCUUUCCCCUACUCCAAAUCCUCUUUUCAUACCUGGUGCUGCCAAGACUGUCUCAAUCUGAUUUUUCUCAGAUCUGGGUUUCCAGAGGCUGUAAUCGUACCAACUUGUGAUUUUUCCUUAGAGUCCAAGUGGGAAAAAUGAGAAGGUGGGAAGGGGCAGGGGUAGGGUGGGAUGUGUUUAUGAGUAUGUUGUAAAAAGUAACACUUUAAUCCCUGACAGUGAAGGGGAAGCAGGCUACCAUAAUAAAUUGUGGAUCUAUGCUUAAAAGGAAAAAAAAGUCAAUUGGCAAUCAGCCAAAGACAAAGAUGUAUUCAUUCUCCUUGAAUUUGCCCUGGCAGUUACCCUCCAACCCCAUUCCCCACCACACUCCUUAGACUUAAGCCAUGGAGCCACCAACAGUGGCUUGGAAAGGGGUCUCCCUGCCCUCACUGUAGAUUUGUUGGGGGAAAGUGUGUGCCUGGCAUCCUGGAGACUCUGAAUGCAUUUUCCCAAAGAAACAUGGUUAUGUGAGAUUGUUAGGUUCUAGUCUACAGUGCUAGACUUGAGAAUUUAAUAGGCUACCCUCGGAGCCUAGCCACCCUGGAUAACUUUGUGUAGGGUUCUUCCAAUGAGUUGGAGACUGUAUGAUGUGUGUUUCCUUAGCUAAUGUUAAAGCCCAAACACGAUGAAUUUAAAAUGCAGUGUUUUCACUGGAGAAAUGGUUUCACAUGGUGGCUUGGUUCCCACUCUGAAGGAUUAACAGCCUGCAGACUUAAAUUAGGAAAAGAAGGGAUCCGGGCUGCCUACAUCCUAAAACACUUAGAAACCGAAAGAAACAAACAUUGCAAUUAACAAAGAGACUGGCAACCCCCAUGAAGAACAAAAACAGCCAAUUUCCUCAAAUCAACCAAAUGCUCUCUGUUCUAAGAUGUUUGGAAAUAAUGUAUGUACAUAGAUUGUUGCAGACCUGAUUUAUUUGUUGCAAAUUUUAUUUAUUUAAAGCAUGUGCAGUGUGGUUUUCUUUUGUGUGUGUUUGAGAGAAAUGUUUCAACAAAAAGCACUGCUUGUGUCUAAGAGAAUACUAGCCUAGGUUGUAGUCAUUGUUGGUGAAGGUAGUUCUUACCUGGCUGUCAAGUCUGAUCUGUCCGUCGCCAAAUUGCCAUUUUGUGUAGCACGCUAUAAGUUUUAUGUCAACCAAUGUGAAAAAGAAAAUCUGUAAAGUCUUAGUAUAUUUUCACUUUACGGUAUGUGGUCAUAACUGAACUCAAAACAGGUGCCAUUAUUUUUUUAAAUAAAUGUAGUUGAUGUUAGUUUGAAUGUUUAAUAAAGAGUUCAACUUCUUUU